CUCAAGCUGCACCUUCCUGUUUCUUUUCUUCUUCUCCAUCCUUCACAAGGCACAGCUAAAGGAUCAUCACUUCAAGCCAAACACAAAAAGAUGAUGAGCAUUCGCCUGCCACUUUCGAUUCUUGCCAAGAAACAGGGUGCUGGUGUCCCUAAGGGGCAUUUUGCUGUUUAUGUCGGGGAGAGCCGAAAGCGGUUUGUGAUUCCAACAUCCUACUUGAACAAUCCAACUUUCCAAGCAUUGCUAAGAAGAGCAGAAGAGGAGUUUGGAUUUGAGCAUCCCAAUGGCCUCGCAAUUCCAUGCAAUGAAGAUGUCUUUCAAGCAUUCACAGCACAAAUGGCAUGUGCAUAGAUGAAUCCAAUCAUCAUUCAAUUUUGAUCUGGAGCUGAAUACAUU